GGACUGAGUGACUGAGGUUUUGUGUUUAACAAAAUUCACGUAAAAAAAUAUAAGAACGUAAAUUAAAUGGUAUACAGUGGUGCUUUUAGAAUUGUGUAAAAUAAAAACUUGUGCUAAUUUAUUGUGCUUUUAAAAUUGAAGACAUUGUCAUAAAAAUCGUUCAUCUCUAAUGCUACGUCUGUGAAUUUCGCACUCAAAAGCAGCGAGUCAUGGCGUCGGUGUGGAAGCGGCUGCAGCGCGUCAACAAGCGCGCCGCCAAGUUCCAGUACACCGCCUCAUAUCACCGCAUUGAUGUCGAGACCACACCUAAAUGGAAACCCAAUAAGUUGAGUAUAGUUUGGACGCGGCGGUCGCGGCGCGUGGUCACCGAGCCCGUGGAGUGGGAGCCCUCGCUCAAGGAUCCUCUCAAGGGAUCAGUUAUAUUCACCGUACCCGAGAACCAGACGGUGACGGUGACCCUUUUCCGGGACCCGCGCACCAACGAGCUGGAGGACAAGGACUGGACCUUCGUGCUUGAGGAUGUGUCACCGACGGGCAAGCGGCGGCGGCUGGCUGCGGCCGCGCUGGACCUGCGCAAGCACGCCUCGCUGGCGGCGGCUCAGCGCGCAGUGCGCGUGCAGCUGGAGCCCACUGGGCGGCGUCUGCGCGCGGCCAGCCUGCACCUCACACUGCACAGUGUGCUGCUGCGGGAGGGGCACGCCACGGAUGAGGAUAUGCAGUCGCUGGCGUCACUGCUGUCAGUCAACAACAACUCUGACAUCGCCGUCCUCGAGGACCUCGACGAAGACGACUACACGCUCUCUGACAAUUCUACCAGACAGAUGCUCGACUUGCGUCAACAAAUGGAGGAGAUGACGCAAAGUUUGACAAACAGUGACAUCGCGGCGACGCCCAACAGCGUGCAAAGUCUAAACUUUGACAACUCGGCCACGCCCACCGCACCUAUCACGCCCACAACUGACACGCCCACGAAUCCCGCCACGCCCACAUCACCGGCCACACCUACACCUAAUAACAAAGAUAUAGAUCUCACACCUAAAGACACGAAUAUCAAAAGACCAGAGUAUAAUAACUUUACAAAAAUGACAAUCAAAACAGAAUCCCCUAAAUUCACAUCAACUCCAAAAGCAGAAGAGCCUGUUGUUGAUAACUUUAAGGCGAUGCAAUUCAAACCGAAGACGAUAGCGAAAAAGAACCUUAAGCCUUUAGAAUUGAAGUCAAAUUUGAACAACAUCAGCCUGGACACCAAUGAGAAUGAGAAAGGAGAUGACAGUGAGAAGACACCAGUGGUAGAUAUGGAGAAACUGUUCCCAUUGAAGGGUCUAGAUAAGGACAAGACGCCGGUCCAAGACCUGCUGGAGUGGUGUCAGAGUGUGACCCGCGAGUACCGCGCCUGCCGCAUCACCAACCUCACCACCAGCUUCCGCUCCGGCCUCGCCUUCUGCGCCAUCAUACACCGCUUCCGACCUGACCUCAUAGACUUCUCGGGCCUGCAGCCGGAGGAGGCGGAGCGCAACUUGCGCGUGGCGCUGGAGGCCAGCGCACGUCUCGGCAUCUCCCAGGUCCUCACUGCUGCUGAUGUCUGCGCACGACCUGCCCCCGACAAGCUCGCCAUAAUGACUUAUCUGUUCCAACUGCGAGCUCACUUCACAGGCAGCGAAUUGCAAGUUGAACAACUUGGUAACGACGAGACGGAGUCAUCAUACCUGGUGGGGAGACAUGACACAGACGGGGGAGUGCCCAGAGACCUCUUCAGCCGAGAGGUCAGCGAGAGACGCUCGCGCAUGCGCACGAGACCCAGACCCAAUUCUCAAGACUCGGACACAAAGUCACAAGAACGAGCCAGUCCGGAGAAGACGCAGUCUCCGGCACCCAUCAAGGAUGUACGAGACAUGCUGGUGCAGCAGUCCAAGACCAUCCUCGGGAAGAUGCUGUCCCCCGCAAGAGAUCUCAAGACCAGGGAACCUAACACCAAGUGGUUUACUGACCCUCCCACUGUGCCUGAGCCAAUCCCCGCGCGUCCAGAGAAAUUGAUGACGCGUAAAGAGCUGACUGAUCCUUUCGGUUCUGAUGAAGAGGAGGAGCCUGCACCUCCACCAGCUCAGGAGACAAUAACCAGUGAAACUGUGAAAGUGGAAUCCAAACCAGCAAUAGAGCCAGCAGUGACCGACCCUCUGACCAGUCUACAUGAGGCUAGUCCUCCGAAGACAACUGGUCAGCAAGAGGAGCAGAAUCCAGCGCCAGAUCUGCCCAAACCCACACCCCAACUGUUGUCGCGCCACGACGAGUUAAAAGAGCGCGCGAGACAACUUUUAGAGGCUACUAAAAGAGAAGCGAGGGAGAAAGAGAAGAACAGACGGCAGAACUCGAAAGAGAAAGAAGAAGCAAAUAAAACGGAGAUGGUGAAUGGUUUACGGAAUGGUGAUGCAAGUCCUACGAAAAAGCCAAUGACAGAGGAAGAGAGACAGGCGAUGUUGCGGGAGCGAGCGAGAAAGCUGAUAGCGGAUGCCAGAGCGGGUAUUGUGAGUCCCACAUCACCCCUGUCGCCGUCUCGAAGCCGCGGAACUGUGGAGAUCAUCAGCAAACAGUCCGUUAUGGAGGAAUUGGCCGCAGCGGGCGAGGUGGAGCAGCUGGAGGCGCUGGCGGGUCGCGGUGACACCCCCCCCACACCCCCCACACCUGGCUCCAGGAUUUAUGGCAGCGCGGAUCGAUCUGAGGAGCGUGAGAGCGAGUCUCGCAGUAUGUCACCGGGUGGUGGCGCUCGUCGCUCCCCGCUGCAGUCCUUCUCCGCACUAGUAGACCGUCUCGCACCGACAGAUGGCGCACCUGACGAGGGUAAGGAGUCCGGGUCGUACAUAGCGAGCGAGCUGGAGGCGCUGGAGAAGGAGCAGAGUGCAGUGGACGAGCGCGCUGCAGCACUGGAGAAGCAGCUGCGCCGUGUCAUGGAGUCUGCUGACAACACUGAGGAGGAGGACAGACUGAUGUCGCAGUGGUUCCAUCUGGUGAACAAGAAGAACGCGCUGCUGCGUCGCCAGAUGCAGCUCAACAUACUAGAACAAGAGGAGGACCUGAGCCGGAGGUGCGAGUUGUUGGCGCGCGAGCUUCGCCUCUCGCUGGCUGUGGACGAGUGGCGCAAGACGCCCGGACAGAAGAGACGCGAGCGGCUGCUGCUGCAGGAGUUGCUGUCAGCGGUGAAUGAGAGAGACAGACUGGUGCAGGAGAUGGACGAACAGGAAAAAGCGAUAGCAGAGGACGAUGAAAUCGAAAGAAAUCUCUCCAAUGUAGAGAUACAACGGAAAAACAACUGUAUACUUCAGUGAAUACGGUCCAGAAUCAAACGCGGGACGCACGACACUAUAGCUUAACUUUAAUGCUGAGAUUAUCAAAUGAAACAAUAUUUAAGCGACAUUUAUGUAUUUAUUUCAUAA